CUGUGCUAUCAUCUGCAGCUAUCAUGUCCGAGACUCCGCCUGUCGCUCAGGCAGCCGCCGCCGCUGCUCCUGAGAAGCCUGCGGCUGCAAAGAAGACCAAGAAGCCCGCCAAAGCUGCGGCAGCUAAGAAGAAGCCCGCCGGCCCCUCGGUGUCCGAGCUCAUCGUGCAGGCGGUCUCCACCUCCAAGGAGCGCAGCGGCGUGUCCCUGGCCGCGCUCAAGAAGGCGCUGGCGGCUGCCGGCUACGAUGUGGAGAAAAACAACAGCCGCAUCAAGUUGGGGCUCAAGAGCCUGGUGAACAAGGGCACCCUGGUGCAGACCAAGGGCACCGGUGCUGCUGGUUCUUUUAAGAUCAACAAGAAGGCGGAGGCCAAGUCUAGCACCACCAAAGUGUCCGUGAAGUCGAAGGCGUCGGCGGCGUCUAAGAAACCCAAGAAGACUGCCGGGGCCGCAGCCAAGAAAACUGUGAAGACCCCGAAGAAGCCCAAGAAGCCUGCCGUCUCCAAGAAGCCCUCCAAAAGCCCAAAGAAGCCGAAGGUGGUGAAGGCCAAGAAGGUGGCCAAGAGCCCUGCAAAGGCGAAGGCCGUGAAACCCAAGGCUGCCAAGGCGAAGGUGACGAAGCCGAAGACCGCAGCUAAGCCCAAGAAGGCUGCACCUAAGAAAAAGUGAACAGUUCGGUUGGAGGCUUCUUCAGUAACCCAACGGCUCUUUUCAGAGCCACCUACACAACUUAGAAGAGCUUGGCACUCACUUUUCCUGGUACAUACUAGGUGACUUGUUAGGAACCUCGAGUUAACAUUGUACACCUGGCUGGCUUAGGCAGCUGAGGGCUUUUCCCCACAGAACAGGUAGAUCGUAGCUUGUUUGCCCUACCUGACUUAAACCCAGGGAGGAUUAUCUUAUGUUUCCCUUUCAAGGUAAGUCUUGUCCCCUCAACAUGAGACGCAAGUGAGGUGUGCUGACAUGGGGCAGGGUCAGAACAAUUUUGUAAGUCCAAUGGGUGGGUGCUAUGAAGGGAGCAAUACUUAGGCUAUUUAUUUCGAGGCAGGUAUAGCCCUGACGGCACUGUAACCCACUACUGCCACCCAAGUGCCAGGAUUAGACGCGUCACCACCUCCUGGUGGUAUUAAAGCUCUUAGAGUUGGUCCAUCUCCCAAAAACUGGAAACUGCAUCACUUUAAGCCUUUUGGAGAUUUUUGGUACCUGCUAGUGCUCUUGAAUUGAUUCUCCUGUCUUCCGAGUACUAGGGUUACUCCCAACCCCUACUACCCCUACUCAGUCCUUUACUGGACUCCCCUACUCAAUCCUUUGAGUUCCGUUUUUUAAAGAAUUAUUAUUGGUGUGGGUGUACACUUGUGUCUGGAGGUUGGGGAACAAUUUAAAAUUGGUCCUCUUUCUCAAUUUGGGUCCAGGGGAUUAGCUCAAAUGAUCAGGUUUGUGGGCAAGUGCCUUUUACUUACCCUGAGCCAUCUUUCUGGCCCUGAAUUUAGUUGGGCUCUUUUUUUUUUUUUAAAUACAUUUGGUCAUAAUAAGAUUGAUUCAUCUUUCACUUAAGGGUCAAUUUACUUCAAAGUGAUAUAUGCACAUUUAGACAUCUUGUUUUCGUUCAACAAAACUUUAGAAAACCAAUUAGUCAAGACACAGGCCUUUUAUCUCAAGUACAUGGGAAGUUGAAACUAAAGAAUACUGAAUUAAAGUCAGCCUAGGCAGCAGUCAGAGGCCGUACUAAAACAAGUUCAGGGAAGAUUUGGUUGGGUUUUGUUUUCAACCAAAAAUAAGUUAUUUUUUAUUUUUAAUAAAAAGUCUCACACAAAGUAUUGUAUGCUAACCAUUUGCUAAUCUGUUAGCACUAAACUGAUCAUGAUGCAACAAACAGGACACCAUACUGCUAAAUAUGACAUAGUCUAAGGACAGCUCAACCUCCAGAAGUGUCAGUUUCUACUUCCCCUUUUCAGUGUGAGCUCAUUAACUUCUACAGCGUUUAAAGGAUGUAGAAUAAUUUCUGUUAUCUUAAUGCAACAUUUCUUGGCUAUUCGCAUCAACUUUCUUUGUUGGCUACUUUAGUACUCCUUCUGGGAAUUGCUUGUUUCUAUUGCUCAUUGUUUCAGAGUGGUCUGUUUUCUUGUUCCAUUAUGAGUUUUAGACACACAUUUUUAUGUGUUAGUGUUUUUCACACAUAUAUGUAUGCAAUUAGGAGUCACCAUGUGGAUGUGGGGAACAAAUCACCAAGGGUGUGUUCUCUCCAAGAACAAGUGUUCUUAACCACUGAGCAAUCUCUCCCCUUGCCUCUUAUUUUUUAACAUAGUAGAAAAAUGAACUUUUUUUUUUUUACCAUCAACAUUGCACGGUGUUUUAACUUUGAUCUUUUAGUCUCUCUUUUUUGUGUGGCAUAUUUAUUUUCAUCUGUGAUACAUUAAAGUUUUGAAUAUUAUAUAUAAAUGUUUUAAUGUAUUAAACAUGCAUAUAUCUUUAAUGGAUUUUUGGUUUCAAGUCUUGAUUCAGAAAUUACACCCGAGUGCCUGAUUUGUGUGGUCUCUUAAGAUUUUGAGAAUGUUGCUUUUAAAAACAUUUUAGGCUCAGCUAGACCUGAAGCACAAGUGUCCUUGAGAGGGUGAGGGAAGGUGAUCCCAAGUUCAUGUACUGGUUGGGCUACAGAGUGAGGUUUUUGAGACCAUACAGAGUGAGGUUUUUGAGACCAUCAUAAGCAAAUUAGCAAGACUCUGACUCAAAAUAAAAAUGUUGAAAGGAAGGGAUGAGGGCUGGGAGAAAAAAAAGGCUUAGCACGUAGCCCAGUGGUAGAACAUUUGUCUAGCAUAUAUUUGUAAGACCCUGGGUUUAAUUUCCAGUACUGCCAGAAGAAAAAUUAGUUUCUUAUCCAUAAAUACUAUAUUUAAUGUUGUUUUAGUCAGCUGUUCCAAAAGCAUUUCUUAAACAAUCCAUUCAUUUCCUUCACUGGGCUAACAUUCACUCUUUUUUUUCCUGUUUAUUGUUUUUUAUUUCUUUUUUAUUAUUAUUAAAAAUUUCCACCUCCUCCCCUCCUUCCAUCUCCCUCCCCCUCCCCCCUAACAUUCACUCUUAUUUCUAAACUUCUUAUAUAAGAGGAUCUAGGGUCUAUUUUUGCAUCUACUGUUCUCCAUAUAAACUAGGUACCUUUUAAAUUUUUUUAUUUCUAUUUAUAGGCAUAGUUCUACAUUGGUAAUAAAUCCACCUUUUAAAAAUU